AUGUCUUACCAAGGCCAUUGCAAUUGCGAGAGUAUUCGCAUCACUCUUCCCGAGCAGCCAGACAAGUCAUGUGUUUGCCAUUGCGAUUGCUGCAAGAGAUCUGGUGGUGGUGCAUUCUCUGUCAACUACUUCGUCAGUGAAGAUGAAAUGACUGUCGACGAUCCGAAUGCGACAUUGAAGGUCUACGAAGACAAGAAGUCUGUAACUGGCAAUGCUGUGAAGCGACAUUUCUGUUCGGCCUGCGGCAGCCCUGUGUACACCAAGUCACCCAUAGCCGCUGGGAAGGUCUUCCUCAAGGCUUCCUUGUUCGAUACCGUCACCCCUCCUGCAGCUGAGAGGUUCCUCACUAAGCAAUACGAGUGGGUGAAUCUUGAGCAAUCAACGCCAUGCUAUUGUAUCCGGGGUGAUACCACUCGCGAAAACAUGACAGAAAGCUCUGCUCAAGAUUCUGGUCCUAGACAACCAUCGGGUGUCAUUUUGCGGAACGCCCGACCGCCCAACGACAACGACAUGGAUACCCGCGAAGCGCUCGAGCUCCAACAGACCCAAACACAGGAAGACAACGAGCUAAACUACUCAACGCCAUCUGCGUCCUCCGGCGAUGAAUAUCGCGUUGUAACGCGUCGCACCACAUCGCAUGCCGAUGCGCAGCGGCGCCAACAAGCUCGAAAGGGGACAUGGGGGAAGCUCACUCAGCUUUGGACGCAUAAUGUUACUCUAACGGUGCCACAUAAGAGUAGUCGAGAUUACUUUGCUUUGGAGAGAACAUUCCUUGCGUAUAUCCGUACCUCCCUUGUUGUUGCGCAGCAAGGCGUGCUUAUUGCGCAGCUGUUCCGUCUGCAGGCGGCGGAGGCGUUGGCGGACCGGCUUGGGUUUCGUCGGGUCGGUACACCCCUCUCGGUCGCAUGUCACUGUGUGGCCAUUCUUGUUGCUUUGGUUGGGGCGUAUCGAUUCUGGAGGCAGCAGAGUGCUAUUGCUAGGGGUAGGAUCUUUGCUGGAGGGUGGGAAUUGAAUUCUGUGGGGAUAUUACUGGGUUGUAUCACUCUAACGGUGUUGAUUGUGUCUAUUGCUAUGGUGGUCGAGACUCCUACAGACACGUGGGGGAUUUGUUCGACGAAUAUUGGGUGGGUGAAUGAAUGGUGGCACGGGCUAUAG